UAGGUCUGGGCCUGGAGAGUCGUUGGCUAAAAUCUGCUCUGGAAAACAAUAGGCUGCAUGCCACUGCGUGUAGGUUGUGAAAUGAGGAGAAGGACAAAGCACAGUCAUUUAAAACUGCCGCAGGCAUUUUCUCUGUAGCCAUUAUAGUGUUUAUGUUUAGUCUUGUAUCUUCCUCCUUUAAGUUUACCUACAGUUGCUAUCGGUUUACUUGUGCUGGUGUUCCGGCUGAGUAAGAUAAGGGAGUAAUAGACCACACAGCGGCGUUUAGUCUUCUGGGAGACAGAGUUUAUUUUGGUGCUGGGGUUUUGCAUACUGAUGAGCAGCUCCUGUGCCCACAGCGCCGUAGAAGACUGGCAGUGUGAGUAGGCUAAGCAAGUCCUUGAGCUUUCCAGCAAGGAGAAGAUGAAUUGGAGAAAGUGGUAUCUAGAGUCUUAUCUGAUUUAAUAAGAGUAAAGAGCGUGUGGACACCAGAGGAGAUGCUUUGAUCACAUUAGGAGAUUGUGUGGUACUGAUUCAACCCUCCGAAAAAAAGCAAGCCACAGAAGGAGGCAUGUAGCGGAUAUUAUGGCUCACAGCCGGCUUACGCCCCUCGGGAGCCAACAGCUGGCCACCUCAUGCCAUCCUGUAGCCGGACCCCCUCUGCCUGAGCUCCACGCACCUCGCGCAACAUACCUUUUGACUUCAUGAAGAUCCCUGACACCGGUGAUGUAAUGAAUAAAUUUGAAGUCCUUGGGAUUGUGGGUGAAGGUGCCUAUGGUGUUGUUUUGAAGUGCAGACACAAGGACACCAAUGAAAUUGUGGCCAUUAAGAAAUUCAAGGACAGUGAAGAAAAUGAGGAGGUUAAAGAAACAACGCUACGGGAGCUUAAGAUGCUCCGCACCCUCAAGCAGGAGAAUAUUGUUGAGUUGAAAGAGGCCUUCCGCAGAAGAGGAAAGCUAUAUCUCGUCUUUGAGUAUGUGGAGAAGAACAUGCUCGAGCUGCUUGAGGAGUUACCCAAUGGUGUGCCGACUGACAAAGCGCGCAGCUACAUCUUCCAGUUAAUCAGAGCAAUUCACUGGUGCCAUAAGCAUGACAUAGUUCAUAGAGACAUAAAGCCAGAAAACCUUCUCAUCAGCUCUGAUGACGUCCUCAAGCUAUGUGACUUCGGCUUUGCACGUAAUCUCUCUGAGGGGACUGAUGCCAAUUACACUGAGUAUGUGGCCACUAGAUGGUACCGCUCUCCAGAGCUCCUACUUGGGGCUCCUUACGGGAAAGCAGUGGACAUGUGGUCAGUGGGCUGCAUCUUAGGAGAGCUGAGUGACGGGCAGCCUCUGUUCCCGGGAGAGAGUGAGAUUGACCAGCUCUUUACCAUCCAGAAAGUGUUGGGACCCCUGCCACCAGAACAGAUGAAGCUCUUCUAUAACAAUCCUCGCUUCCAUGGGCUGCGGUUCCCUGCUGUGAACCACCCCCAAACCUUGGAGCGCAGAUACCUGGGAAUCAUCGGCGGAGCCCUGCUGGACCUGCUGAAGAACCUGCUAUUGCUGAACCCGACAGAACGCUUUCUCACAGAGCAGAGCCUGAACCACCACGCCUUCCAGACCCUGCGGCUGGUGGAGCGGCCCGGCCCACCCACACCUACACCUGUACGCUCCUCCAAGAGAAAACCUCACCAUGGAGACAACACCACCCCCAGCAGGAGCCAUGGGGGAAAGAGCUCAGGAAGUCACCGCUCCAGCAGCAGAGAGUGCUCUAGCUUGCCCCGGCACGAAGACCCCCACCCCAGCAACGACGGCUUUCUCAACGGCAACAUGCCUGCAGCGAUCAACCUCAGUCCCACCCUUCAUCCCAAGAACUACCAGCCGCAGAUCUUCAACCACUCUGCAUCGUGCAAUGUGGACCUGGCCAGCAGCAACCUGCCUCAUCUGCUCAGCCCUGGCGAAGUCAAGAGCAAGGGCGACUUCGACAUGAACCUGGGGUCCAAGGUGUCCGACGGCCCCGGAGCCAAGUACCUCAAAUCCAACUUCCGCUCACAACAGAACCGCCAUUCUUUUGUUGAGGGGAAGACCAACACGCUUCAAUCAGGGGAGAAACACAGUCGUCACAGCUACAUGGAGUCCCACAGCUCCACGCCCUCCUCCUCCAAGUUCGCCUACCUUAACUUGUCCAAAAGUUAUGGCACACUUAGCGAUGCCAAGUCAGUGGGGAACUUAAAUGAUGUGCAUCUUUAUGCCGAUGAGCCUACAUCUCGCUAUUUUCCCACGAGCUGCCUCGACCUCACAGCCCCGAGCAGCCCAGCAGCCCGCCGAGCAGACAGACUGGGACCCGGCACUGCUGGCAGAGGAAGCAUGCGCGCAGAAAGAGAGAGCAACACCCUGGACUCGUCCUGCAGGCGCUCCUCCACCCGCCACAAGGCUUCAGAGGAGGCCAAGUCGGCAGAUGCCCUAGACUCUGGGGAAAGUGGUGUCGAAAGGAGCCAUGGUCACUCUCUGUCCGCCCCACACGACCCUCUGCCUUACGGUCAGGGAUACACCAGCCCUUUCUCCUCCCAGCAGCGGCCGCACCGCCACUCCAUGUACGUACGGAGGGACCAUCAGAGGACGCACGGGGCGGAGGAGGGGCUGGUGGUGGGGCAGGGCAUGCCCACAAGAGCCAGCAGCCUCCAGCUACUGUCUCCGCAGCUGCAGCACCGCACGCUGCCCCGCCACUCUGGGGGCACAUCCAGAGAGGAAGACAUGAGCAGGGUCAGUCAUCAGCCCACAUCCAACCUCUCCAACCUUAAGAGCGAACAGGCACCCACUGAGGUCACCCACGGCAGACCCCCAAUAAGGGACUCCACAAGGGACAACACAGCAUCUUUUCACACACAGCGGCAAAAAAGCGAGGUUGGCUUAUACCAUGACCAGCAAACAGAAGAUGGGGGCUCUUCUAAAGAGAACCGCAACAUCUACAGUGAAUCCAUGCCUAGGAGGGUGGGCAGCUUCUACAGAGUCCCUUCUCCCCGGCCAGACAACUCCUUCCACGAUAGCAGGGGUCAGAGCCGGGGCUCUGGCCUGUCCGGAGACGGCAGCAAUUUGACGAACCACUCCAAACGUCAGCCGGCAUUUGACCCCUGGACUGGCCCAGAUACUGUAGUACUGAACCCCUCUGAGCCAUCCAAAGAAAAGGAGAAGCAGGGUUUCUUCAGAGCAAUAAAGAAGAAAAAGAAAAAAUCUCAAAUGGUAACUUGUGCGUCAAGUACUUCUGCGGAUAUGCAAGUCCCUGAGGGAAGGCCUCCUGUCAUCAAGAAAUGUCUUUUCCCUCUGUUUAGCCCAAAGAAUAACAUAAAGCAUAGUUCCUCUGUGCGAGUCCUCCCUGUAGUGUCCUCUCCCAUGGUUCCAAGUGAAGGGGUGGAUACAGUCAUCCAGAAGUCCUCCAGGUCCUCCGGUCACCAGAGCAGCCGCCACAGGACCCGCGACAAGAGCAGAGACCGGGACCAAGACCGAGACAGGGAUAAGGACUGGCCGCCUGAGAAACUCUCUGAUUCACACUCUCCGAGUCAGCCACUGAAGUCUCUGCGCAAACUCCUGCACCUUUCAUCCUCAUCCUCCAACCAGACUGCACAGUCUGAUAUGCGCUACCAGCCGCUGCCUAACCCAGCCUCUGCUCAAGGUGGUUUCACAGAAAGCCGUGGUCACUCAGGGGUCAGUACGCCCCAGCUGAAGAGCCGACAGACAGCCUACCCGCUGCCCGGACAGCUGGAAUCUGGCUGGCACACAUCAGCCCUGGCUCGCCCGGAUGGAAACCCCUACCCGGAGCAAAUGAGCAUCAAGGGAGGCCAGAAUGGCCACGGCUUCGGACGCCCCUCCAGGUCUCGUAUGCCAAACCUCAACGACCUGAAAGAGACGGCUCUGUGAUCUCCCAUCACCCUACAGCGCUCAGAUCCACAUCAGACUCCUCCGUUUCCCCUCUGUUGCUCCUACACGUCCCUUGCAUAACAAUUCACCUGCUGACUGCACACACACACACACACACACACACACACACACACACACACACACACACACACACACACACACACACACACACACACAAAAAAGAUACCAAACCUUCAGUUUGAAACACAGCUUGUCUCCAUUUUUUUUAAAGCUUCCAUGUUUGAUAGACUUUAUAUUAUUACUUCUGUAAUUCUGAUUAUAAUUUGUAUUAUAAAGUAAAUAUAUUACAAAUAAAAAAAAAAUAUAUAUAUAUAUAUAUAAAUGGAUAGAUGAAGUGUAGAUUUUAAGUGUAAGUAUUUUUGUUUCUAUUCAAUAUAGAAAUAUAGUACAUUUUAUUGCAUAGUAUUUCCUUAAGACUAUUUAAGGCAUUCUAAACAAAUAAAGUUUUAUCAGUUGUUACAAUGGAGAUUGGUAAUGUCAGUAACUUUACAGUGUGUUCAUCUCACCCAGGAUUGUAACUCUUCUUCCAAGCCGUCUUGCUUUUGAAUGUGUCUGUCAUACUGGUUACAGAUGCUCAAAUGUGCAACUGCAAGUCAAAGCAGUCUUGACAUUGAAAAUAUAGCUGCAAUGCAAUUUUUCUGAGUUGGCACUGACAAUCUUUAAAGCUUAGAUCUAUUUGUUCUUUUAUUAGGAUAUUUAGGUUUUUAUGUCUUUUGUAAAGCAGCCAUUUUAGUGGUAUUUAUGGUGCCAUAAACUGACAAAAACCCUAACCUACAUCGCCCUCUGUAGGAGAUAAUGAAGCACUGCAUCUACUGUUUUCUGACCAUGAACUAACAUUUAAUCAUGUUAGUUCAUUCAUCAUUUUCAUAUAUCUUUUGAACAAUAUGUUAUAUUAUAAAAACUAUGGUUGCACCUAAAUCAUUACAAAUAGAACACAUAAUAACUGUUCCUUGUACAGACUAUACUGACGAUCCUUUUGGUAGUAAUGUAAUCUAAAAUUAUUUACUGAAAUGUUUAUUUAUGUAAAAGUGUUGAAGCACCCUUAUGGAUGAAUUAUACAGUAGUUCAAAUAUUGAUACUUUGCCCUGCAAACUUCAAGGAUCCAGUUAAUGACAAAGGAUGAAGUUGAUACUGAAGGAUGUGAUUCACUCUGAUAACUUCCCUCACUACCAGGAUUCAAGGAAGUCCGUUUGUUGCCCAUUUCUUACUUAAAGAUUUUACAUAAGCAACGUCCAAGUGGUUCUACUUGUUUGUUUCUAUCUGUUAAAUACAUGUAUAAAUACAUCCAAAAUAUUAUAUAAAGUUUAACUGCUGUGAAAAAGUGAUUUAUACAACAUUUUUGCAAGUUUUAUUCCCCUAAUCAUUGUUAGAAAGUAAUUUUUACAGCAGCUAGAGGAACAUAAAAGCCAUUCUGGGUGUACAAGCGCAGUGGUUCCCAACGCCCCCACUCCUGUCAGACCAACUCAAAUAUACCAUUAACACCACCCGUCCAUCAUGUUCCAAAUGUGUUCCUGUAUAUUAUUACUUUUUUCACAUUUUAAUUGGCAAUGUUAACAGUACUGCUUCUACCUGGAGUGGCAGAAGCUGGGCGUUUCAACCAGUUAUCUAUUUCUUUAGUUAAGCUAACUAUUUCAACUGUUCACUUUAGCUUUGCUAACUAUUUUAACUGUUUAUUCAUUACUUUAGCUAACUAUUUCAACUGUUUAUCCAUUACUUUUAGCUAACUAUUUCAAACAUCUAUUACUAACUUACUAACUACAAGCUAACUGAACUGUUUAUUCAUUACUUCUGGCUAACUGUUUCAACUGUUUAUUCAAUCAUCAACUGUUCAUUCACUGCUAUUUCAAUCAUUUUGCCACUACUUUUAGCCAUGCUUUUAGCUAACUAGUUUAACUGUAUCCAUUUUUUUUAUUUUGCUUUUUCACUUUACUUUUGUGCUAGCUAACUAUUAACGUUACAACAGUUUGUUUUAGCUUACUAAUUCAACCAUCCAUUACUUUUAGCAAGAUAAUUCAACCAUUUAUCUAUUCCAUGUAGCAAUUUCAACUAUUUUAACUGUUUAUCCAUAUUUUUUUUUUAGCUUUUUCACAAUUUGUUCAUUACUUUUGCUCUAGCGAACUGUUUAUCGAUUAAGUUGAGCUAACUAUUUGAACCAUCUAUCCAUUGCUUUGAGUUAACUGUUUAGACUUUUCUGCUCGCUUGCUAACUUUUCACACACUCUCAAUCACACCACCUAACCAAUGAUCAGGUCAAAUUAUUUCAGCUACUCUGAAGUCUUUCCAUGUAACCCCUUACAAUUGCAGAAGUACCCCCUGGGCUACAUGUACCCCUGGCUGGGAAUCACUGUAGUGUAUUUUUAUCUCCUUGCAAAUAUUGAGCCACUUUGGACCAGCUUAUAAAAAAUCUUAAUACAGAACCACAGUGGGGGCAGAUGCUCUGUACUGUAACAUUGUUUUCUGUCUGGGAUAAAGUGCCAUGAAAGUAGCUUUGCAGAAAUAAAUCCUAAGCUUUUAAAUGAUGCACUUUGAAGAGACUGUAUGGCUCAGCAAUAUUGCCCUGACUCUGUAAAUUCUUCCUCACUUAAUCAUGUGCACAGUGUGUGAAGACUGAAACACAGAGCCUGAGGCUUACACAUUAACACUCUGUCCAAACAUGACCGUAUCGUAUUGUGUGUUGUGCAUCUGUAAGGACCGUGCACACUCUGUACUUGACACAAUACAUUUCUCUCUUUGGAUUACUGUUUUGCUGAAGAAGCACUGUGUAUUAUAUUAAUACUGAUGUGUGACUACUUGUUUGGUAAUAUUUAUAACAGGAGAUGUUCAUCAACUGUUUAAAUGAAAUCAAGUAUUGCAUUUGUGAUUUUAUUACAGACACAAAUUAGUAGCAUAGUCAGUGUUAAUCUGCUUUUUUUAACAGAGCAUUUACUGUACAUGAGAGCAUAAACCCACAAAUGAAUGCUUAAACAUUUUAGAAUAUACAUGUUUACAUAUGUAACAGUAAAUCUCAAAUAAAACAACCUAAUUUGAUUUGAA